UCGGUUGAUGAUUUCUUAGCUUUCAUGUCACCGGUCUCUACACCAGCCAGCGGGCCCCACCCUGCAAACGGAUCUGUUGAACGCGAUUUAGCGCAAUGUAUUGUAUUUCACGUCCGCAAGUUAGCUUGCAAGGGAUUUAGGAGGGCGCAGGGAGGUCCAUUAGCGAUCGCAGGAGGGGAAGAAAUCGAGGAGCUUGUGUGAUAAUAGCUUUUAUCUCGACAAGCGGAAUCACUUGCGAUGCUUCUGAGCUUUGCAUUUGCCCGCAUGUUCGAGUGGAGAUGUAAAUUUUAGAUUUCUGUGUCUUGUAUGACAAAUUUUCUGCUGUCAUCAUGUAUUCUUUGUGAAAAUACUGUUAUAGAGCACAAAUUCAACUGUUGAGUUGGCCGGAUUUGUGGGAUCCGAUUUAAUUUAAGGAUUUCAGUGCAAGGUAGAUUGAUUUUCGGCAGAUUUAGCUUCCGAUUCUUUGUUCGGAAACGCUGGAAAGGUGGAUGGAAUUUUUAAAGGAUCUUCAAUGAGUAUUGGCGAUCUUUGAGGAAUGCUGCAAAGAAAAAAGUUUGCCGAAGGAUUUUAUUGUUCAUACAUGUCAAACAGUUAGAGAAUGGGCCUAUGAAUGGAAUUUCAUCGUGUUCAAUAGGAGUGGCAUGUUCCAUAGGAUGUGUUUGUGAGAUUCGACAUUGGUUUAAUUUGCCUUUUGUGGUGACAAAGGCUGCUGGUCUGGCAAGGUAUUUCGUGUUAGGAACUUGAUGAUUACGUGGCUUUAACUCUCAGUGCGAGCUGUUGCUAAUAUUUAACAAUGGAAACUCUUGUUCUUCCUGCACAAGAUCAAUUUGCCCAUGCGCAUAACCAUAGAUUAAUUGGGGCAGAAUGCUAUUCACAGAAUAAAUGUGAAAAACAGUGGGAAAAUCCCGCAGUUAAGUCAUCCCAGCAACAAGAGAGGAAUACUAAAAUUAAUGGCUCUGAAAGAGGUUUUUCUUCGAAUCCAGGUAAGUUACACCAACACGAGAAGAGUUGCUCAUCUUCUCCAGUUUUUCCAAACGAGAAGCCAAUUCUUCGUUCAUAUACUCCAUCAGUUACUUUUCAUGAAGGAUCUGUCACAUCGCCUGGGAGGAGAUGGCACAGUACUCCCUGUAAAUUAUCCUUUGAAAGCAAUGAUUCUUCAAUCCAAGCAACCGACCAAGGGUUUGUAUUUCCACGCCAUCCUCGGCCAUCAAAAUAUGAAAAUGGAAGAACUUCAAGAUCGGAUAUGAAGAACAGAAGUUUGUGUCAUUCUGCCAUGAAUAGAAAGAGAACUGGUUGUGAUUGGAAACCUGUGGAAACUGGAUCACAGAAUUGCAGAGCAGUUCCCAUUCCUAAACAGAGGUCAGAAAGAAAGUCUCCUAAUCCAAGUUAUGAAAUAAACACGAGCAAUGAGGUCUCUUCAAUCUCACCACCACCCUCUCCAACUGAGAACUGGGCGGGGCCUGCAUACUCGAAUUCCCCUCCACCAAGCUCAUUGCCAUUUCCCAAAUUUUCAAUGCGACAAAUGAGAAGUGUUUCCUUGGAGCCGCCAUCCACAAGCAGCGAAUUCAGUGAUGCCUUGAGUACUGAGGCUUUAUGCACAUCAUCCUGGUCAGUGCCUACUUCUCCUUCAAGAGAAGUGACGCCUGUAGUUGUACAAGGCUUUGUAGCAGAUGUUGCAUCUGCCACCAAGAAUUUAAAGCGGAUCUUACACCUGGAUCUUGGUGAUUGAUAAGAAGAAAGAUUCAGAUGGAUAAUUGUAUAGUUGUAGAUAAGUGCAGUAACGGUGCCUCAAGUAAUCUAUAAUUAACAAUGCUCCCUGGUAAUAGGUUGUAACAGUGAGUGCAUAACAUGAAGCCGUGACAUGAGGUCACUAGACUUGCAACUUGUACAGAUUGCCAAGCCUUGUGAAUGAGGAUAGUGAAGGGUACUUUUCACUGCUCUUUGCCAUUGUAUGGUACAUGUCAGCCAAGAGUUUAAAAAGAGAGAACCAAAAAAAAAAAAACAGAAAAAAAGAAAAAGAAAAAAUAUUAAAUUUUCUUUCAAGUAGGUGGUUAGAGCACUCUUCAGCAAAGACAUAAGACUGUUGUAUAUGCAGAUUGCAUGAUCAGUACUGGAGUUAUUCAGGACAUGGAUUGCAUGAAUGUUCUCAAUUGCCUGGAGGAUCAAUAUAUUUCCAGUUGUACAAUAUCUGUAAAGUGGGAUGACAUUUCGGCAUACCCUGUUGUAAAUUUCCGUCCGCUUGAUAGCUCUGAAGAGUUCUAGCAAACAUGAGGAGGAAAGACAUGCUCACUUUUGGUGUUCUUAAUUUGCCCGACAUGCUGCUGUUUUUGAAUGAAAGAAAUUGUUGGACAUUGCAUGGCUUUUCUACUUUGAAGUAACUGUCAAGUUUUUGGACGGUUCCCUUGUUAUAUUUCUCCAUAAAUACUUCCAUACCUUUCUAUCUUUUAAAAUAGAGCUCAAUAGAGUAGAGCUCUCCUCCACUUGCAUAGCCUCUUUUGUUUGCUCAGUUUGGAAGUUCUUUCAUGGUUUAAGCCAAGUUACCUUUAUCAACCACCUGGUUCUUUAACCUUUUGUAAGUUGUCUCGUACCCUGUUUCUAGCAUUCUGUGAAGUUAACAGUCUCUCUCCCCACAUUUCCUAGUUUUUGUAUGGAAAAUGAAAGGGAUAUAUAAAGGAGAUCUGUGUUUGACUGGUUGUUAUGAUUCUCAAGUGAAUGGCUUAACCUAAUAUAUAACUGUAGGUUACAUGGUUAGACAUAGGUACUUAGGGUGCUUUCCAGGAAAAUCUGUCUACUUCCUGGAGUUUCGCUUGGAAACUUAGGGUGCUUUCCAGGAAAAUCUGUCUACUUCCUGGAGUUUCGCCUUCAAAUAUAUAGCUCUGCAGGGAUUACAGAAAGCAUCGUUAUAUUCAAGGGCAAUUGCAUUGCCACAUCUCCCGGGUACAAGGUUAUCACCUUCACGAACUUUUGGGUACAAACCGUCAACAUGCUGUAUGUUAUUGUGAAACUUCAUCCACAAUGUCCUUCAAUGUUGUCAAGGAUGUUGGAAGGGAGUUCAAAAGCAAAGUGGUGUCAGCCCGUGGUGCAAGUUCUACCCUUGUUAUACUAGUGAUAGUAGAGACAGGUCGACUACCAUUUAAUACAUAAUGCCAUGAAUGUAAGAUAUGUUGCAGGUCAACUACCAUUUGAUACUUAAUGCCUUGAAUCUUAGUUCUUUCAAUAAGGGACUAGCUUCAAUGCCUACUAGUGUGCAUUGUGAGUCCUGCUGAUGGAUAUAAUGUAAUAUCCUUCGACAGAAGAUUGACGAGGUUGUUUCAUUUUGCAUUAUGUUUAUAAGUCCUAGGUCUUUAGCUGUUUAGCUGUUUCUAGAUGGCUCUUUAGAGUGAAGGUUCACAACAGUUUUUCAGAUGUUGAUUAGAAAAAAUAAAAAUCCAAGAAUGCGUACUGGAGGCUAUAGAACCUGAUUAGCAUGACGUGCUCAUUCUGUAAGGGCUUAUAGGUGAUUGCUUUACAUGUGGGUAAAAUAUGUGUCUUGAAGUUGUCUAAUGGUUAUGGUUUUGAUGUGGUGUAAUUUAAAUUGUCAAUGUCAUGAAUUCGAGUGAUGUCUUCUAUAUGUGCAUGCCAAGGACACCAUUGACAAAUUAUAAGAAACGUGUGAAGGAAUAUCAAUUUUUUUGUUUA